UCCUACAAAAUAAACUCGUUAAAAUUAACACCUAGGGGUUUGCACUUUUUAAUUUUAUUCGGAGAGGGUCUUUUUUACUUUUAUUAUUAUCAAAUCUUUUUUUUUUAUUAUCAAAUCUUUUUUUUUAAAUUUAGAUGUGGAUACUCUCACAAAAGUCCCACUUCCUCAAAAACAAAUUUCAAAAGAUGCAGAAAGUAAAGAAAUGGUAAAAGAUGAACUUUAAUUUGUUUUGGAAUUUUUGUUAAUAUUUUUGCAUUUAUUUGCCUACUUCAAUUUUUCUUUAACGGUGAAGCCCUUCUACUCAAAAAUUGAUAUUUAACUUAUUUAAAUACUCUUAACUUUUAAUAUUUUUUGUUGUAUUUUUUAAUAAAAAUUUGGUUUUAAAGGGUGUUUUCUAAAUUAAUUGUUUUCUUUACAAUUUUAUCUUAAACUUUUAGAUUUAUAACUUUUUUAAACAUUUUUUAAGUCAAUUCAAUUUUAAAUUAAUUAAAAUGCCUGGUGUUAUCUACAUUCAAUCAGUACCUCCAAUGUUUACAGUCAAACACCUGAGAGAAAUUAUGUCCAGAUUUGGAGAACUGGGAAGAGUUUACUUACAAGCUGAAAAGCGCGGACCACAUAAACGUAAACGCUACACUGAAGGAUGGGUGGAAUUUAAAAGCAAAAAAUGUGCAAAGGAAGUUGCCCAAAUGCUAAAUGGAAAUCAAGUUGGAGGAAGAAAACGAAGCGCUGCUUACGACAGUGUUUGGACUAUGAAAUACUUGCACAGUUUCAAAUGGGACCAUUUAAUGGAACAAUUAUCUUAUGAAAAACGUGUGGAACAACAACGUUUGAGAACAGAAAUAUCUUUUGAAAAACGUAAAGCAGAACAUUUUUCUCAGCAAGUAGAAAAGGGUGAAAGACUUAAAAAAUUGGAAGAACGCGUUUUAAAGAAAUCGGGACUUUGGAAGCGUUAUUUAAUGCAACAUCAUCAGAAAAAAGUUAUUAAUGAAAAUAAAUUGGAGAAAUCGAAGCAAUUGAGCGGGGAAAAGGACUUUUUACAAAUGAUUUUUGGUGGAAAAGAAGAACAAAAGGAAGAGAAUGAAAAGGAAGUUGAGAGUGAAGAGAAGGAAGAAGAAAUUGGGGAAGAGGAAAAGGAGGUAAUUGAGGAAGAUGAAAAACAAAUAAAAUAAUUAGAAGAAGGAAAAAGAAAAAUAUUUUGGUUAAAAAGAAUCGAAAAAUUAAAAAACGUU